UGUUUGCAUAGCUGUGACUUUUUAUGUGACUUAAACCACAGGGAGGCAGUGUUGGUCUAUUACUAAGAAAAAAGGAAGGCCAAAGUUUGUGGUUCAAGUGCAAGGUGUUGAAUGCUCUCAUAUGAAGAUGCUCACUUUUGAAAAGCAUAAAAGCUUAUUCAUUGAAGUGCUGAGGCGACAGUAUCUUUGGCCACUUGGCGCUGAACUCACAGCAAUAUACUGAUGCACAGAAUACAGAGGGGGCACAGCUGCACUUUAGAGUCACAUAAAGAAAUACUCAAAGUGUAAUUGCAGUCAUGGAAUGAAUUCAUAGUGAUUCAUUAAAAAGAAAGUUUUGACACUUAUUGUAUUAUUUGGGCUGAAGUAAAAUAUGAUUAGAGGUGCUGCCUUUACUUUCUUUCGGAAAGAACACAAUUAUGAAAGAACAUAAUUUACUCUGUGUAUGCACAAUGCACUUAUGGCAAAGUGAUAUAGUGAUAUAUGUUGUGUUGUUAAUUGCACAUCACAUUUAAGCAGGUAGUACCCGUUGUGAUAAUAAACUGAAUACAGGUCUACAUGUUUUGCAACUAUGUUUCAAUUUAGUUGAGGAUCUUACGAGUGUCCCUGAAGGCAUCCCGUCACUAUGGCAACUCACAAUGCGGAAAUCCUGAUGGAAAAGUCAGUAGCAUAAAGUAAAACGGAUUAUUUAAUUAAAAAGGAAAGACGCACGAUGGACAAACUUGAAGACCUGGAGAAUUUUCUGAAGAAUAUUGACAAAAUAAGUGAGCUAGUGUCGGAUAUGAACUCUGCUGAUGUCGAAGUCCAGCAGAAGGCAGUGGAGAAGGCUGAUUGCUAUCUUGCUGCCUUGGAUGAGCCAUGUAGGACAAAAGUUAACAAGACUGCAAUCAACACAAACCCACCACUCCAGACUCCCCUGGGUCCACAGAGUGAAAGUCCAGAAAAUUUCAUGAAGAUUAUGGAGAGAGAUGCUGACGACAGAAGAAAAAAGAGGAUUGCAAAAGAGCAAAAAGCCACUGCAUUCAAGGACAAAGGGAAUGAAGCCUUUGCCCAAGAAGACUAUGAAAUGGCUGUGAAGUAUUACAGUGAAGGCUUGGCUGAGCUACGUGACAUGCAGCAUUUAUACACCAACCGAGCACAAGCCUACAUCAAACUGGAAAAGUACAAGGAGGCUAUCAAUGACUGUGAAUGGGCCUUGAAGUGCAAUGAGAGAUGCCUAAAGGCUUACCUACACAUGGGGAAAGCAUAUCUGGCAUUGAAGAAUUAUAAUGAGUCCAGAAACUGCUUUGAAAAGAUAAUGGAAAUUGAACCUGGGAAAGAGAAGAUGGUGAAAGAAUACCUAACCAGGGUAAAUUUGGUGGAAGAAAAAGAGAGUCAAGAAAUGAAUGCGAGGCAAGAGUUUGAGAAGGGAGAGGGGAAGGCCAUAACAGUGCCCCAGCUGUUGGAGAAGCUGUCAAGACGUAGGCAGAUGCCUCUUUACUACUGCGGAGGAUUGGCGAUUCUGUCACAAGUAGUUACUGACUGUACUGGCCAGACCCUUUUUAGACUGAACAAUGGCUUUAGUAUCAUCAGCGACAAUGACACAGUGAGGAGUUGCCUGUUGCAGAAAACAAAGGAUCCACACAGACAGGACUUGUGUUUGUCUGUUCUAAAAUUAUGGAGGCUUAUUUGUUGUGGAAAUGAUGAAAACCAGAAGAUGCUGAUGACAUGCCCAGUCUUCAGACAGUCUGUUGUUUACUUGGUAACAUCAGAGCAUGUUUCAGCACGGAAAGAAUGCCUGGAAUUGCUCUGUUUGUACUCAAAGAUGCCACAUGGCAGACAUUUGGCCUUGGACACAUUGAAUGUGCACAUGUUAGUGGGGAACCUCAUGGCAUGUGUUUCAAAGCCUGAGCAGCAGCAGGAGUACACAGCAGUCAAGAUUCUGGAGAACUUUGAAGCAGAAAACAAAUUUCGCAUUAAGUUGAGGAAUGGAACCGAUGCUGUCAUUGAACCAUUUACAGCAACACUGAGAAAUAUCAGCAAGUCCAAUCAGCAUAUCCUUCCAUCGCUGAUAUCAGCUAUUGGCUGUCUAACUCAAGAUGAUGUCAUCCGUCACAAUUUUGCUAAUGAUCCUGAAUGUUGGAAGGCCUUUCUGGUUGCCAUUAGGCAGUGCAGUGAAUGUGGAUACAAAGAAAUCCUUUACCCUUUGCUUGGCUUGAUCAUCAACCUUUCAACUAUCAUCUCUCCAGUCAUUCAGGAACAUGCUGUUUCACUCUGUGGCUGCUGUCUGGGCCUGUUGAGGGAUGAUGACGGCGGAGUCAUAACUAGAGCCACAGGUGUGUUGAGCACUGUCCUUCCGCAGUCCACAGAGGCGGUUGAGCACGUUAUUCAGGGGAGUGUGGUCCAGACCAUGCGGAGGCUGCUGAAGGGAACAGGGCCGACUGCCACUAAGUAUGCCAUAAAGACUCUGACAGUGUGCACUGCUGCCAGUCACUUGGCACGGGAGGAGCUGGUGAAGUCUGAUAAAAAACUGUCUAUUAUACGUCAUUUGCUGGGUUCCAGCUGUGACGAGAUGGUGUCAGGAAAUGCAGCCCUCUGUCUGGCCCACUGCCUUGAGUUAGAAGGAGCUGCCAGCAGCCUGCUGGGCACUGAUAUUGUGCUACUUCUGCUGCGCCACGCUGCAGGGGAUGCUAAGAGGACAGCUGUGCAGAAAAAUGCAGCGAUUGCUCUGGGGAAGCUAUGUAGCUCAGAGCCCAGGCACGUGAACAAACUUCGAGAACUACACGGCCUUGAGAUCCUGCAUUCCUGUAUGAAACUCAUUUGAACCUGAACCUUUUUAGAUCAUAUAAAUAUAUAUGUAUGUAUGUUUUUUUGUUUUUGUUUUUGUUUUUUAAUGGUCCAAUUCCUGAAGAAAGCCAAGCCUGUUUAGAGUAUAAUCAAAGAUUUAUUUAAUUUGAAUAAGUAAUUCUGCUCUUAAUUGCUUAAUCUACAUAAACAAGGUUAUAAACAUGGCAAUGUUCUUGGCUGUCCUUGUUUCUUAUGCCGCUGUGAAUUUAUAUAGUUAAUUACCAUGAAGGAAUGGAGGUGCAAGUUAAGUCAUUUUUACCAUCUUUUUAUGGCUGGUAUUAGAUUCAAAUAGCAUGUCAGUCAUAACAUAAAUCCAAAUAUUUGUCCUGAUUACUUGUGGUAAUUGUUGGAUAGUGAAGGACAGAUAUUGAUAAAGCAACAUUCACACAUUGAUGGUAUUUGAAGUGAGACAUGGAUUAGAGCAGCGUUUCCCUGUGGUGUAAGGCUGUACACAGUGUACUUACACAACCAUCUUGAAGGUCUUUCUCUUAUUUAUUAUGGAGAAGUGUGUUAAAUGCAAAUUACGCAGUGUGCUGCUUGCUUAACAGCUUCUAUUACAAGCAAUCACAACAGCUGCACCCCUAUGUGACCGUAAUCACAAGCUUUAUAAAAAGUGACU